AUGGAGCUGCGCUUCCGGGGCAAGAAGGGCGCGGAGAGCGCGGACGCCGUCGCGUUCUGGCUCUGCGAGGGGCUGAAGAAGCGCCGCGUGCAGGGCAAGAAGACGCAGACGCUGACGGCGGCGGCGCCCGAGUGGGAGCUGGCGCGCGUGCUGGAGGACGCGGAGCUGCACUUCAUGAACGAGUCCACGGGCCUCGUGGUGCCCCGCGACGAGGAGAUGGGCAAGUUCAUCUCGGACCGAGACGUGGUGCGCCUGUGCACGACGAAGGAGCUGGGCGCGCUGCUGCAGAAGUUCGCGACGCGCGACCAGGAGGUGGCGGCGGAGAUGAUGAACCCCAAGGCGGCGACGCCCAUCGAAGCGGCGCUCUCGCGCCUCAAGAAGAUCAGCGUCACGAACCCGACGUUGAAGAAGCUCCAGAAGACGUUCGACGACCACACGAGCCCUCACUCGGCGACUGCGAUCAGUGAGGCCGACGCACUGGACCAAUCUCCCGAGGUAGAUCCGAUAUUCGAGAGCGGGGAGCUCGAAGAGAUCACGGAGGACGCUGCGAACCGCCCCAAGACGUGCGAUAUGUGCGAGGUGUCAUGGCCUGACGACGCGGCGGGAAGCAUGUAUCGCUGGACGAAGCUGGGGAUCAUUACGCACCAAGGCUGCGCGCAAUUUACUGCUGAUGUAUUGGCGCAGCACCCUGAGAUCACGACUCGCGACGAGUUCCUCAGCAUGUCCAAGACGCCAGUGUCGAGCCUGAACAAGCCUGGCACCUUCCACGUCACGGUGCAUCGCGCGAUGGAGUUGCCCGGAACGCAAUUAAUUGGAAAGCAGGCGCCCUAUGCAAAGCUGUCGCUACUUCCUUGGAAGGAGCCCAUGCAAACCAAGUCUGUUGAGAACGGCGGCCGCAAUCCGGUCUGGAUCAACGCGCACGACAAUGAAAUGCAGUUCUCACACAUGUACAACAGCACCAUCACUCCUAUCCCGCUGCUGGAGGUCGAAGUGUAUAACUACAAUUACCUGGCGGAUGACCAAGUGGCUUGCACCCUGGUGGAUAUGAGUCCUCUGCUUCGGUACCCGAAUAUUCAGGCCAAGAGAUGGUUUACGCUGUCGUCUCGAGCUCUGCUCACACAGAGCACUGGCCAGCCCAAAAUCAUGCUUGGGAUCAAGUUUGUCCCGACUGAAGGAGAGAUCAGUACGACCAACGCGCACAAGUUCCGCGUCCACCAGCUGAAAUCCAUCGGUCUCGCGAUACCAGUUUGUGCAGUCUGUGAUCGAUCCAUCAUGAAUGCGCUGAAGAGUAUAUGGGGCUAUCGGUGUGAAUUGUGUGGAAUCGAUGUACACAAGGGCUGCAUGAUGAAGGCAACAAUUCAGUGCGAAUGUGUUGCACAAGAAUUGCUGAGCGCUGGUCAGGAGGAAAAAGAACACGGGGGUACAAAUUUUCGUGUGCUAAAUGACGGUGUGUUGCGCCCGGCGGGGGUACUAUAUGUGCGUUUUCGGGGCUUGCACUUGUGCACAAAGCAUUGCCGAGACGAUUUUCACGCGAAAAAUAUUUUUGAAGGGGAUACGUACUGUCGGCUGAAGUUUGAUGGAAUCGUACACGAGACCAGUCCGGUACUUAAGAGUGCCGACCCAAUGUACAUGGAGAACUUGUGCUUCAAGGUCCGCCAUCCGAACUCGACGUUCUGCAUUGAUGUGAUUGACUUCAACUCGGAUCAGUGCAUCGCGCAAUUGAACGUGUCACUGUUCCAACUUCUCCAGCGUGAAGCAGACAAGUUCAUUCGCACAAACCCGCUGCUGAAAAGCUUACGCGACCCUCUUCGCCAUUUGAGCCUCAACAAUGAGACGAACCAAGCUGCGAUCAACGAUUCGUGGGCUGCUCUACCGAUUUUAAGUGAUCAAGACCACUACACGCUGUCACCGUCGCCAGGGUCUAAGCCUCAACCCGGAGAGAAGCUUGGCUAUGCGAUGAUCGAUUUGGACUACGUGGAACACAAAGAAGAUUUGCUUCGCGUGCGCGUGGACAACGACUCAUCCCUUCUCGAGCGUGAGGACAAAGAGUUCUCCGUGGAAUCUUUGCGGAUAACAAUCGAGCGAUUUGGUCGCGCGGUAAAGAUCUUCCAAGGAAUUGAUGCCGAGUAUGCCAGUGUGAUCUCUUGGAAGAACAAGAAGAAAUCUGCUGUAUGCUUCGCCAUAUUCGUGUACGGCUGUGUAUUCGCUGAUUUAGAGUACGCUCUGUCGUACAUCUUCGGGGGAAUUCUUGUGUACAUGCUCUAUCGGCUGCAUAUUCGGCUGGAAGGGGCUUUUGUCGCCCGUUGGAUCGGCUACGAGGAAUACGAGCUGGAGCAAGAGGAACAGCAGAAACUGUACCGGCCGCUUGCAGACUUGCACGUCGCGGUCCACGAAGCCUCUCUCUCCAAUGAAACGGAUAGUAUGCUCAUCGAGUCGCAGUCGCGUAUGAAGGAUGUAUCGUCCUCGAAGCUUGGUUUCUAUGUUCGAAUCAAGUAUCGCCCCAACGACAAGGAGUCUGAAGCAGGUGAUUUGGUUCUCAACCCUUCUGGAUACGACGAAACUACUGUCGCUUGGACGGGUGUGGUGGCGAAAAGCAAGAAACCAAAUUGGCGCAAAACUUCUUUGCCAUUGGCAGGUACAAUGCCGUCCGCAAAGCUUCGAAAGGCGCUUCCGUUCAGAAACUUCAGUGUGUCGUGGCGUCAUGACCCCAGGACAUGUACUUGCGACCAGUGUGUUGCCUAUCAGCGGAGCUUGAACGGAGAAGGAGAAAAAGGUGCAGAUAAGGCGACGCUUAGUUGCGGUGUUGAUCACCACGCAUACUAUUUCCCCAUCCCACAAGCAUCUCGGAAAAACUUUUCUGGCCGUGACGAUUUGGUGCCGUGGUCUUCAUUCCCUGGUCUACUUCAGUUUGAUUUGUGUAUUUCGCUCACUGGUGAAGCAAAGGAGACGCCAGAUUUGAUUGCUGCGACGGCAACGAUCCCGCUCCGGAAACUUUUAAAGCGAGGCGAUAACUCGGAUGGCGACUAUCUGCUCGUUAGAGUUGAACUUCGAAUUCCAGAGCAAAGCAACAUGUCAUCGAAUGACAAGCUGCUGCAAAGUGAAACCUGCGAAACGCAAGAGCUGAGGCCAGCUCAGGUGGUCACGACGCGGAAAAAGAGGCCUGUAAGCCACGUGGAGCGCAAUUUUUCCGAGUUUGUGUGCGAGAGUAUGGUUGAGAAGGAGAAAUCAAAGAUCAUUGGCGCGAAUCUCUUCGACGCUUUCUGGAAAGUGAAGGACACUGUCAGGCAGCUUCAAAAUGAGAUUGGGCGUGCAUGUGGUGCAUUGGCCUGUGCUGAGAAUCUCCUGAACUGGACGCACCCGUGGAAAACUGCAACCGCUUUCGUUGCCAUCGCGAUGAUGACGCUAGUGUUCUCGGUCGUCCGAGGCCGCUGGGCAAUCCUCAUAUUUGGUGUGACGGAAUUCGGUGCUGCGUUCGUGGAUGAUGCUCCGACGAGCAAGCGCGUCAGAAAGAUCCUCUGGAAUUACCUGUCUUCUCUUCCAACGGACCAGGACCUCAUCGAUCUGUACGAACCCGAGCGUGCGGUAUACAUGAAAAAGCGCAAGACGCAACAAGAACAGGACGAGGAAGUUGGUGUCCGCCUUCGCUAUCACGCACUGUGGAUCGGCACUGUUUCGUCAAAAGCUGCAGGCGAACGCAAUCUCAAGAACUUAUUUGUGGUGUACCGCCCCUAUCGUUUCCUGCUGUGGAAGAGUGAGGAUGAUGCCGAGGAGGGAUCCCCACCGCAGCUGCGGUUGCUGGUAGGUGCUUGA